UGCUGAUGUUGUUUUCCUAUGUUAGCCAAUUAGCAUCCUAGCAUGCAAUUUGAGGUCUGGCGCCUUGACUGAAUGGUGCUUACGUGUAUUUUAAUUUACCUUUCAAAUCCGAACCUUACACGAAUCAACGUUUGAGAGCACUGUUACCGAGCUUUAUAGGUUUUGAUUUCUCGGCGGAGCAGAAAGAAGUCAUCCGGAGUGUCUGUUGCGGGAUUCCGCCGCAGUGAGGAGCAUGAGUACAUAAUGAAGCGGCGCUUGGAGGAUCAGGACACAGUGAUCGGUUCUCAGCGGCGGCUCCCCGGGGGUGUGGACAGCUUUCAGCACCGCGUCCUCAACUCUGCCUCCCAGUCCUCCCUCUACGAGACUGCACCGGAUAACAUGCAGCCGUCGUCCAGCAUGCAGUACUCUGUCUCACAGACCUAUCAGUUGUCAAUGGCCCAGAGUUCUGGGGGACACGGUCACACCAGCAGUUCAGCUGUGCACAGUGGGCCUCAUCACCAUGGGCCAGCUGUCCAGCCUGUGGGCCAGGGGCACUCUCAUGCUACCCCUGCCCCUGCCCCAACACUGGGCCAACAGCAGUUUCAACGGCUUAAGGUUGAAGAUGCUCUUUCCUAUCUCGAUCAAGUUAAACUUCAGUUUGGCAAUCAGCCGCAGGUCUACAAUGACUUCCUGGAUAUCAUGAAGGAGUUCAAGUCUCAAAGUAUUGAUACACCAGGUGUGAUCAGCAGAGUUUCCCAGCUCUUCAAAGGUCACCCAGACUUAAUCAUGGGCUUCAACACCUUCCUGCCUCCUGGCUACAAGAUUGAGGUUCAGACCAAUGAUCUGGUUAAUGUGACCACUCCUGGCCAGAUCCACCACAUAACCCCGCAUGGGAUCUCAGUCCAGAACCUCCCCAUUACACAGCCAGCACAGCACCAGACCCAACCAGCAGCUCCCACCAGCACUGCUGCUGUGGUCAUCCCUAGCCAGCCAACCCCUGCCAAGAUCAGCAAGCCAAUGCAGUCUCCUGCACUUACCCCAACGAGCCAGCCUAAUCCGUCCAUUCCCUCGUACGCCUCCCCGCGCUCGCCCUCGGCCCAGUCCCACACUCCCAUCAGUAGCAGCACUGCCGGUUCGACCCCUCUACAGAAUAACCAGCCUGUAGAGUUCAACCAUGCUAUCAGCUACGUGAACAAAAUCAAGAACCGAUUUCAGGGCCAGCCAGAGGUCUACAAAUCCUUCUUGGAAAUUUUGCACACAUACCAGAAGGAGCAGCGUAAUGCUAAGGAGGCAGGAGGAAACUACACACCCACUCUCACGGAGCAGCAGGUGUAUGCUCAGGUGGCCCAGCUCUUCAAGAACCAGGAGGACCUCCUCUCAGAAUUCGGCCAGUUCCUGCCAGAUGCUAACAGUUCAGCGUUAUUGAGUAAGACGACAGCCGAGAAGGCUGAAUCUGUGCGAAUUGAACGCGCAGGGACGGUCAAGAGACCCCAACCUAACCAUAAGCAGAGUUUUAACCAGAAUGGCUGUCAGAUCCGCAGACACUCGGGGCCGCCCACUACACCUCCUGUUAAGAAAAAGCAAAAGUUUAUGGCAAAAGAAUCGAUGGCUGAGGCCAGCAAACUUGGAAUUGGUGCUGAAUCUCUCUUUUUUGAAAAGGUGAGGAAAGCACUGCGGAGUUCAGAGGCUUAUGACAAUUUCUUACGCUGUUUGGUCAUAUUCAACCAAGAAGUGAUCUCACGGGCUGAACUUGUGCAGUUGGUCUUGCCAUUUUUGGGGAAAUUCCCGGAGCUUUUUACAUGGUUCAAGAACUUCCUCGGCUACAGAGAGUGUUCCCAUAUUGAGAGCUUUCCCAAAGAGCGAGCCACUGAAGGCAUUGCAAUGGAAAUUGAUUAUGCGUCCUGCAAGAGAUUGGGCUCCAGUUAUAGAGCCCUUCCCAAGAGCUUCCAGCAGCCUAGAUGUACAGGCAGGACUCCACUGUGCAAAGAGGUGUUGAAUGAUACAUGGGUGUCAUUUCCAUCCUGGUCUGAGGACUCAACCUUUGUCAGCUCCAAAAAGACCCAGUAUGAAGAGCAUAUAUAUAGAUGUGAAGAUGAGCGCUUUGAGCUUGAUGUGGUUCUGGAGACAAACCUCGCCACUAUCCGUGUUCUGGAGUCUGUUCAAAAGAGGCUCUCGCGCAUGUCUGCUGAAGAACAAGCCAAGUUCCGACUGGACAACACCAUUGGAGGCUCCUCUGAGGUCAUCCACCGUAAAGCUAUUCAGAGGAUAUAUGGUGACAAAGCUCCAGACAUCAUAGAUGGGCUCAAGACCAACCCUGCUGUCUCUGUACCUAUUGUACUCAAAAGGUUGAAAAUUAAAGAAGAAGAGUGGCGAGAGGCUCAGCGUGGCUUUAAUAAGAUCUGGAGAGAACAGAAUGAGAAGUAUUACCUGAAGUCUUUAGAUCACCAAGGUAUUAACUUCAAACAAAAUGACACAAAGGUGUUUCGCUCCAAGACGCUGCUCAAUGAAAUCGAGUCUCUUUAUGAUGAGCGACAGGAGCAGGCUUCUGAAGACAAUGCCGCCCCUCCCUCAGGCCCUCACAUGACCCUCAUGUACGAGGACAGCCAGAUCCUGGAGGACGCAGCUGCUCUCAUCAUCCACCAUGUCAAGAGGCAGUCCGGCAUCCACAAAGACGACAAGUAUAAAAUCAAACAGAUCAUCUACCAUUUCAUCCCCGACAUGCUGUUCGCUCGGCGUGGUGAGCUUUCUGAUGUGGAGGAGGAGGAAGAAGAGGAGACCGAACAAGAUGAAGACGGGACUAAAAAGCACAAUGGGACAACGUCAGUUGUCAGUAUUGAUACACCAGGUGUGAUCAGCAGAGUUUCCCAGCUCUUCAAAGGUCACCCAGACUUAAUCAUGGGCUUCAACACCUUCCUGCCUCCUGGCUACAAGAUUGAGGUUCAGACCAAUGAUCUGGUUAAUGUGACCACUCCUGGCCAGAUCCACCACAUAACCCCGCAUGGGAUCUCAGUCCAGAACCUCCCCAUAACACAGCCAGCACAGCACCAGACCCAACCAGCAGCUCCCACCAGCACUGCUGCCGUGGUCAUCCCUAGCCAGCCAACCCCUGCCAAGAUCAGCAAGCCAAUGCAGUCUCCUGCACUUACCCCAACGAGCCAGCCUAAUCCGUCCAUUCCCUCGUACGCCUCCCCGCGCUCGCCCUCGGCCCAGUCCCACACUCCCAUCAGUAGCAGCACUGCCGGUUCGACCCCUCUACAGAAUAACCAGCCUGUAGAGUUCAACCAUGCUAUCAGCUACGUGAACAAAAUCAAGAACCGAUUUCAGGGCCAGCCAGAGGUCUACAAAUCCUUCUUGGAAAUUUUGCACACAUACCAGAAGGAGCAGCGUAAUGCUAAGGAGGCAGGAGGAAACUACACACCCACUCUCACGGAGCAGCAGGUGUAUGCUCAGGUGGCCCAGCUCUUCAAGAACCAGGAGGACCUCCUCUCAGAAUUCGGCCAGUUCCUGCCAGAUGCUAACAGUUCAGCGGUAAGUACUGUAUUAUGAAAACUAAAAAUCAUGGAGCUCGUUUAGCUGAUUAUUCAUAAGCCUUUUUUUUCUUCUCCUCAGUUAUUGAGUAAGACGACAGCCGAGAAGGCUGAAUCUGUGCGAAUUGAACGCGCAGGGACGGUCAAGAGACCCCAACCUAACCAUAAGCAGAGUUUUAACCAGAAUGGCUGUCAGAUCCGCAGACACUCGGGGCCACCCACUACACCUCCCGUUAAGAAAAAGCAAAAGUUUAUGGCAAAAGAAUCGAUGGCUGAGGCCAGCAAACUUGGAAUUGGUGCUGAAUCUCUCUUUUUUGAAAAGGUGAGGAAAGCACUGCGGAGUUCAGAGGCUUAUGACAAUUUCUUACGCUGUUUGGUCAUAUUCAACCAAGAAGUGAUCUCACGGGCUGAACUUGUGCAGUUGGUCUUGCCAUUUUUGGGGAAAUUCCCGGAGCUUUUUACAUGGUUCAAGAACUUCCUCGGCUACAGAGAGUGUUCCCAUAUUGAGAGCUUUCCCAAAGAGCGAGCCACUGAAGGCAUUGCAAUGGAAAUUGAUUAUGCGUCCUGCAAGAGAUUGGGCUCCAGUUAUAGAGCCCUUCCCAAGAGCUUCCAGCAGCCUAGAUGUACAGGCAGGACUCCACUGUGCAAAGAGGUGUUGAAUGAUACAUGGGUGUCAUUUCCAUCCUGGUCUGAGGACUCAACCUUUGUCAGCUCCAAAAAGACCCAGUAUGAAGAGCAUAUAUAUAGAUGUGAAGAUGAGCGCUUUGAGCUUGAUGUGGUUCUGGAGACAAACCUCGCCACUAUCCGUGUUCUGGAGUCUGUUCAAAAGAGGCUCUCGCGCAUGUCUGCUGAGGAACAAGCCAAGUUCCGACUGGACAACACCAUUGGAGGCUCCUCUGAGGUCAUCCACCGUAAAGCUAUUCAGAGGAUAUAUGGUGACAAAGCUCCAGACAUCAUAGAUGGGCUCAAGACCAACCCUGCUGUCUCUGUACCUAUUGUACUCAAAAGGUUGAAAAUUAAAGAAGAAGAGUGGCGAGAGGCUCAGCGUGGCUUUAAUAAGAUCUGGAGAGAACAGAAUGAGAAGUAUUACCUGAAGUCUUUAGAUCACCAAGGUAUUAACUUCAAACAAAAUGACACAAAGGUGUUUCGCUCCAAGACGCUGCUCAAUGAAAUCGAGUCUCUUUAUGAUGAGCGACAGGAGCAGGCUUCUGAAGACAAUGCCGCCCCUCCCUCAGGCCCUCACAUGACCCUCAUGUACGAGGACAGCCAGAUCCUGGAGGACGCAGCUGCUCUCAUCAUCCACCAUGUCAAGAGGCAGUCCGGCAUCCACAAAGACGACAAGUAUAAAAUCAAGCAGAUCAUCUACCAUUUCAUCCCCGACAUGCUGUUUGCUCGGCGUGGUGAGCUUUCUGAUGUGGAGGAGGAGGAAGAAGAGGAGACCGAACAAGAUGAAGACGGGACUAAAAAGCACAAUGGGACAACGUCAGCCAAGUCUAAGCUCCUCUUCAGCCAUACAGCAGCUACUCAGCAGAAGCUGAGUAACUGUGACGAUGCCUACAACCUCUUCUUUGUCAACAAUAACUGGUACAUCUUCCUUCGGCUGCACCAGAUCCUGUGCUCCCGACUGCUCCGGAUUUACGGGCAGGCGGAAAAACAGAUCGAGGAAGACUCCAGAGAGAGGGAGUGGGAAAGGAAUGUACUGGGAUUGAAAAGAGAGAAGAACGACAGCCCGGCCAUCCAGCUGCGUUUGAAAGAACCCAUGGACAUCGAUGUUGAAGACUACUACUCUGCCUUCUUAGAGAUGGUGCGAAACCUUCUGGAUGGCAACAUGGAGACAUCUCAAUACGAAGACCAGCUGAGGGAAAUGUUUACCAUCCAUGCCUACAUUGCCUUCACCAUGGACAAACUCGUCCAGAGUAUAGUGAGACAGCUGCAACAUAUAGUAAGCGAUGAGAUCUGUGUACAGGUGACUGAUCUUUACCUUGCCGAGUGUACCAACAAAGCCACUGGUGGGUCCCUGUCCACACAAACAUCCAGAGGCAGUGUUGAGACCUCCUACCAGCGCAAAGCCGAGCAGCUGAUGUCUGACGAGAACUGUUUUAAGUUACUGUUCCAGAAGUCUAAGGGGACUGUGCAGCUGGCUGUGGAGCUGUUGGACACAGAGGAAGAGAACUCGGAUGGACCUGUGGAUACUGAGCGCUGGCCCGACUACGUGGAGCGAUAUCUGAACACCAGCUCGGCCUCUCCAGAACUGCGAGAGCACCUGUCCCAGAAGCCUGUGUUUCUACCCAGGAAUCUAAGGCGAAUCCGGAAGUGCCAGAAAGGUCAAGAGGUGCAGAUGAGAGAGGUCAAAGAAACGGCCAAGAAAUCCUCUGAGGGUGGCGAGGACUCGAAGAUGGAGUGCAUGUUUAAGCUCAACUCCUACAAGAUGGUGUACGUCUUCAAGUCGGAGGACUACAUGUACCGACGCACUGCACAGCUGAGAGCGCAUCAGUCUCACCAGCGAGUAAGCACUCGUCUGCAUCAGCGCUUUCAGGCGUGGCUGGACAGGUGGCGGAAAGAUCAUGUGACCAGCGACAUGGCAGCCGCCACACACAAGUGGCUGAUGGGAGAGGGCCGGGAGGGGCUACUGCCCUGCAGAACGGUCUGUGAACCCAAGAUCGUCCACUUCCAGAACAUCAACAAAUAUAAAGUCACCUAUGGCACUACAUUGUAAAGCUCAAGUUUUCAAAACAAGGCGGGGCUUUUACCUCCUUUUUAUGUUGUUUUUAUGAUGACUGAAGUAGCACUGAAAUUAAAAUCGGACCGUCAUUGAGUUCUUUGAAGAUUGCUCACUUUCUUUUUUUAUUUUUACCUUUUUAAAUUUUUAGAUUGGAGUCUUAACAACCCCCCGUUACCCCCCCUUCCUGGACUUUAUACCCAGUUGGUAAUUGUCCUUUAAUCAUGAGGGCAAGAAAAUGCUGCAGCUCUUGUCAGACAUUCGUUUCAUUCUCAAUAAGAAUCUCUGUUGUCUUUUUUUAGAGGCUUUUUGUGAAAAGGGUGGUUUACAAAUACAGGUCAAAUCCAUGCCCAUUUGUAUAUCGUUUGUUAUUUUUCAUCUCCUCAAGGUGAAUAGUAGUUUAUUAGCAAUCUUUUGUGGUUCACUUGAACCACACACAUGCUCAAACAAAUGAGAGAAAAUGUCUGAUGAAGACAUAAAAUCUUGACUCUUGAGUUUUUAAAAAAAAAAAAAAAAAAGCCUCUGUGUUUGGGGCUAU